ACAAAAAUCAAAAACCAUCGGACAAAAACCAGUUAACCCUGCUCGUUAUAUAGCUAGCACAGCCUCAGCAUUUACCAUUUAGCCUCAUCUUGGCAAAAAAAGGGAGAAAUUUGAGAGAAUCACAGUAGAAUAAUCGGACUAAAACACUCAUUUUUCGAGUAAUUUGUCAAGUUCCAAAUUCAACCUUCAUUUCGUCGAUUUUGUGGGCCAAAAUUCCAGCUGCAAUAAGUAGUUAAGCAUUCUAAUUUGAAGUAUAUUCAAACUGGUGUUGAAAAUUCAAUAUUUGCUGUAACUUUUCCGUUGAAGAAAUGGAGAUUAAGCUGUUGUUUGCAGCUGAUAAUCCGCCGUUAUCAGUCAUCGCUGCAGCUAAAAUUUCUGGGGUUUUGAAUUCCUUUGAUUCAUCUCUUCCAUCUGGCUCUGUUCCCCAGUUUGUCUUCUCUGAUGGUUCGAAGCUACGCGGGACUUUCGUUCUUCUACGAUAUAUAGGCAGAGUUGCAAGUAACUUGAAUCUUUAUGAGAAGGACCCACUUCAGGCUGCACAGAUUGAUGUAUUGUUGGAUUAUCUACCCGUCCUCGACAAAGGAUCGGAGUUUGAAGCGGGUUGCAGUUAUCUGGAUACCUACUUACUGACUAACACCUUUUUAGUUGGCCAUUCUGUGACAAUUGCAGACAUCUCUUUGUGGGCUUCCCUUGCUGGUACUGGCCAAAGGUGGGAGAGUUUGAGAAAGUCCAACAAGAAAUACCAAAACUUGGUGCGUUGGUACAACUCUUUAAGCUCUGAAUUCAGUGCUUUGAAUGAGGUCUUGCAAGCACAUGUUGGGAAGAAGGGCCUAGGGAAACCAGUGACUGGGAAAUCGAUAGACCAAGAGUCUAGAAAUGAAUCAAAGAGCUCCGGUAAUGACAUCAAUGAAAAGGCUAAAGCGCCUAGCCGACCUAAAGUAGAGCUUCCGGGUGCUGAAGUUGGGAAAGUUUGUGUAAGGUUUGCUCCGGAACCUAGUGGGUAUCUUCACAUUGGGCACUCAAAAGCAGCUUUGCUGAAUAAGUAUUUUGCUGAAACGUAUAAAGGUCGGCUGAUUGUGCGCUUCGAUGACACAAAUCCAGCCAAGGAGAGUAAUGAGUUUGUUGAGAACCUUCUUAAGGAUAUUGAGACUUUAGGCAUUGUUUAUGAUGCUGUUACAUAUACUUCUGAUUAUUUUCCUCAGUUGAUGGAAAUGGCUGAGAAUUUAAUCCACCAGGGUAAGGCAUAUGUUGAUGAUACACCACGUGAGCAAAUGCAGAAAGAAAGAAUGGAGGGGAUUGAAUCAAAAUGCAGAAAUAAUAGUGUGGAGAAGAACCUAGAAUUGUGGAAGGAAAUGAUUGCAGGAUCUGAUAGGGGUUUAAUGUGCUGCAUCAGAGGCAAGCUGGAUAUGCAGGAUCCAAACAAAUCAUUGCGAGACCCUGUUUACUACAGAUGCAAUCCGAUGCCUCAUCAUCGGAUAGGGUCCAAGUAUAAGGUGUAUCCGACCUAUGACUUUGCCUGUCCAUUUGUAGAUUCCAUAGAAGGUAUCUCACAUGCUCUUAGGUCUAGUGAAUACCAUGAUCGAAAUGCCCAAUAUUUCAGGAUUCAACAGGAUAUGGGACUAAGAAAAGUUAUGAUAUAUGAAUUUAGCCGACUAAAUAUGGUAUAUACUCUUCUUAGCAAGCGCAAGCUUCUCUGGUUUGUCCAAAACGGAAAGGUGGAUGGCUGGGAUGAUCCUCGUUUUCCCACCGUGCAAGGCAUUGUCCGUAGAGGGCUGAAGAUUGAGGCUUUAAUCCAGUUCAUACUUGAGCAGGGUGCUUCCAAAAAUCUCAAUCUCAUGGAAUGGGAUAAGCUUUGGACCAUAAACAAAAAGAUUAUUGAUCCUGUGUGUGCUAGACAUACAGCAGUAAUUGAGGAGCGCCGUGUUUUGGUGACUCUGACUGAUGGCCCGGACCACCCGUUUACUCGUAUCAUACCCCGCCAUAAAAAGUAUGAAGGUGCUGGAGAGAAGUGCACAACGUACACUAAGAACAUAUGGAUUGAUUAUGCUGAUGCAGAGGCCAUCUCCGCCAAUGAAGAAGUAACUUUUAUGGACUGGGGGAAUGCCAUUAUCAAAGAGAUCAAGAAGGACGAUGCUGGAAAUGUUGUGCAGUUAAUAGGGGUUCUAAAUUUGGAAGGAUCAGUCAAGACCACCAAGUUAAAGCUGACCUGGUUGCCUGAGAUAGAUGAGUUAGUCAAACUUCAACUCAUGGAGUUCGAUUAUCUGAUUUCCAAAAAGAAGGUGGAAGAGGAUGAGGAUUUCCUUGAUGUGCUGAACCCUGUCACAAAGAAGGAGACUUUGGCAAUUGGAGAUGCAAACAUGCGAAAUCUGAAACAUGGAGAAGUUAUUCAGUUAGAGAGGAAGGGCUACUUCAGGUGUGAUGUUCCCUUUGUGAGACGUUCUAAGCCGAUUGUCCUCUUUGCUAUCCCAGAUGGGAGGCAAGAAAGCGUCAUGAGGUGAUUUAUUGAGGACAUUGAGGUACAAAUAAGCAAGGUCAUUCGCUUGCAUUUAUGACUUGAAGAAUUGAUGCAAAGGAUAGUUUACUUAUUCAUGGAGAUUUAGCUGCACGAUUCUGCUUAUGAUCGACCUUAAUUGAAAACCAGAGUAUUGAUCCGAUGAACUUAAUCUUGUCGCAGGCACCUGUAAUUUAACUUGACAUUUUGAUUUCUAGUUCUAGGUACAUGGUGGUGUUGAGGUCUCUUUGUUUUCUUUCCAGAAUUUUUGCCAAAAAUGUCAUGUAACUCCAGCACGCAAUCAGUUUUGGUUCCUGUUUUA